CCGUCCCUUUCUCUCCCUGCUUUUACCGGUGUGCAUCUCUGGAUAGCAACAGAUCAUUCAAACAGCCGGCAAGCCUUGACCCUCUGUUCAUAGUGCCAUUAUCGAUCUACAUUCCUCUUGUUGCCUCUCACCCAAGACCUCGUUGAACCAACAACGGUUGCACGCAUAAACCUGCUGUGUGAGCAUGUCACCGUCUGCCGUCUCAGACAACGAAACUUUCUCUCGGGCAUCGGACUACGCAGUCCAGAGCUCCUCGCCCAACUUCAGCGGCUAUGACCAUGUCACCUGGUGGGUGGGCAACGCGAAGCAGGCCGCCGGCUUCUACAACACCUUCUUCGGAUUCAAGACGGUCGCCUACCGCGGCCUCGAGACUGGCAGUCGCUACUUUGCCUCGUACGUGGUCGCCAACAACGAUAUCCGGUUCGUGUUCACAUCGCCGCUCCGCUCGGCCAAGUACCUGCCCAACGAUGAGCCCAUCUCUCCGGAGGACAGGCACCUGCUCCAGGAGAUGCACGAGCACCUGGAGCGGCACGGCGACGCCGUCAAGGACGUGGCUUUCGAGGUCGACAACGUCGAUGGCGUGUACGAGAAGGCGGUUGCCGGGGGCGCCGAGGCCGUUCAGCCGCCCAUGACCACGGGCGACAAGGAGCACGGCCACGUCCGCACGGCUGUGAUCCGCACCUACGGCGACACCACCCACACGCUCAUCUCGCGCCAGGGCUUCCGCGGCGCCUUUCUCCCAGGCUUCCGCGCCGUGCCUGCCAGCUCGGCCACGGUCACACUCCCGGAGGUGCCGCUCGCGCGCAUCGACCACUGCGUCGGCAACCAGGACUGGAACGAGAUGGUGUCGGCCUGCGCGUUCUACGAGCAGUGCCUGUCGUUCCACCGCUUCUGGUCGGUCGACGACAGCCAGAUCUGCACCGAGUUCAGCGCGCUCCGCAGCAUCGUCAUGGCGAGCCCCAACGACGUCGUCAAGAUGCCCAUCAACGAGCCGGCGCCCGGCAAGAAGAAGUCGCAGAUCGAGGAGUACGUGCUGUUCAACGCCGGGCCGGGCGUGCAGCACAUCGCGCUGCUCACGCCCGACAUCAUCGCCUCGGUGAGCGCCCUGCGCGCCCGCGGCGUGCAGUUCAUCGACGUGCCCAAGACGUACUACGACACGAUGCGCGUGCGGCUCAAGACGGAGAAGCGGAACUGGGAGCUGAAGGAGGACCUGGACGUCGUGGAGCGGCUGAACAUCCUCAUCGACUACGACGAGCAGGGCUACCUACUGCAGCUGUUCACCAAGCCGCUGAUGGACCGGCCGACCGUAUUUAUCGAAAUCAUCCAGCGGAACCACUUUGAUGGGUUCGGCGCGGGCAACUUCAAGAGCCUGUUCGAGGCGAUCGAGCGGGAGCAGGCGGAGCGCGGGAAUCUGUAAUUUAGCGAUUUGGUCUUCUUUGGCUUGGGUGUAUGGGUAUGAUAGCGUUGACGCCAAUUUCAGCAUCUCUUGAGCUGUUCUAUGUCCAUAAAUGAUGCGCCGAGAAUCCAUGAUACUUACCAUCCAACGCCGGCAAGAAAGCCAAUGCAUCGCCCUGUCCCAUGCGCCCCAAGUAUUCGAACACACGCGUUAAACCAACACAGCG